AUGCUGAUGCUAAUGAUAGUUUAAUGGAAACAAGCAGUAAAAUCAACAACAACAAUAAUAGGCACACUCUAGAUAAUUCAAACUUGUCAAAAAAUAAAAAUAUAACCAUGCUGAAAAUCAUGGAUAAUAUUAAUAUUCUAACAAAAAAACAAGAUCAAACUAAUGAAUUACUUUUAUCAAUAAAUAAAAAACUUGGAUUAAUGACUGAAAAAGAUGCCAAUAUAAAUUUAAGUUCCACACAUGUCAAAUCCAAUUUUAAAUUGAGUCAAUCUUAUGUUUAUGAAUGCCCGCAUUUAAAAUUAACAAAUUUGUAUGAUUUUGUAUUUGUACAAACUAUAAUUGAUACUGUUCAUGUUGUUCCAAGAUUUAAUGAUGAUAAUCAAUUUUUUAUUAAUAAAUUCAUGUUUUGA